AUGGAGCAGCCCACGGCCACCCCAGAGCUUCUUCAAUGCAGGCCUCACAUAGAUAUGAUGAACCUACCGGCAGAGCUUCAUAUGCAGAUUGCAUCUUAUCUGUCCCGCCACUUCAACUCUUUGGUUUACACCGGUGUUCACCUCAAGGUUGACUGGCUUGUCGAGCGCUUUGAACGCAAGCUUGAAUGUCCGAUGGAGAAAUGCUCCUUUCGCACAGACGAACAGUUCUGCAACUGGCGAAUCCGCCGGAUCAUGGAGCGGCGUCGACGGCAUCUCGAGUGCCGCCAAGUGCCUGGAGGCUGCUGCGUUGUGGAUGGCAAGACCUGUCAGAAGGACUUGAUACCGUGGCUCAAGAGGUCAGGCCCUCGGAAGGUGGCCAGGACGUUGGCCACGGGGGGACGUGAAGCGCUGAUCAUCUGCAUCCUUGCAUUUUUUAUGCAACUCGCAUGGAACCUUGUACAGAGGAGUUACGAUGAGGACAAGCGAAGCGGCAACCCGUUGACUUACUUCGCGAUGAAGCUUAUGAAUCAUUAUUAA